AUGAACAUAUGGCUUGCCCUCGAGAAAUGCAUAGGCACUGCUACGGCUGCUGAUGGGCCGAGUGGGGGAUGGAGUGAAAAAGCUGGUGGUGAUGGUCAUUUAUUUGCGAGCGAUGGGUCAAAUACCGAUGAUGAUGAGGAUGAUGGGGACGGUGGGGGGAGUAGCGAUGGUGCCAGUGGUGGUGGUUCUGGCAAGGAGAGUGACAAGGAGGGUGUGGGCAAGGAGGAGAGGAGGGUGGCUCAUCUUAACGGUGCGCCUGGUAGGGGGGUUCCCGGCCAUGACGGCCCGUGUGCACAGGGAAGAGGAGGGAUGGGAAAUGACAUGGAUAACCCUAUGGUGCGUGGCAUGAGUGCAUACAAUGCGAGGAGGCAGGACGUGCGUUGGAACGGCAUGGGCUGGUCUGUGGUGGAGGAGGAUGCGAUUGAGGGAAAGGUGUGUGCCAAGUGCGGCCUGGUCCUCAUGAGCGCCCACGAGCUGUCUAUUGUGAUGCGGGGUGCUGCUGAGGAGUGCAUGGGUAACGGCAUGGGUAACGGCGUGGGAAAAGGGCAUGGUUAA